AUGAAGCUCCUAACGCCCCUCGCCCUCCUCUCCGCCCUCAUCACCACCGCCUCGGCCGCCACGCCCGGCUGCGGCAAAUCGCCAACCACCAUCAAAGCCGGCGUCAACCGUGUAACAGUCAACGGCAAACAGCGCGAAUGGAUCCUCGCGCUCCCGUCUGACUAUGACAACACCAAGCCCUAUCGUCUCAUCUUCGCCCUCCACUGGAUGACCGGCACCAUGAACGACGUCGCCAACGGCCCACAGACCAACCCGUACUACGGCCUGCAGGCGGAAGCGAACGGGAGCGCCAUCUUCGUGUCUCCCAAUGGCCUCGUAGGAACAAACGGGAUGACAGGGUGGGCGAACACCGGCGGCGAGGACAUCACGUUCAUGCAGGAGAUCCUGAAAGCGACCAACGCCGAGCUCUGCAUCAACGAGAACCUGCGCUUCUCCACCGGCUUCAGCUACGGCGGCGCCAUGUCGCACUCCAUUGCGUGCACCCUGGCCAAGGACUUCCGCGCCGUCGCCAUCCAGUCGGGCUCCCUGCUCAGCGGUUGCGCAGGCGGUACCGACGCCGUCGCCUACUACAUCCAGCACGGAAUCAGCGACUCGGUUCUUCCCAUCGCCGGCGGCCGCUCGCUCCGCGACGUGUUCGUCAAGAACAACGGGUGCACGCAGCAGUCGCUGCCGGAGCCCGCGAAGGGCAGCAAGACGCAUGUGCUGACCAAGUAUGCCGGGUGCAAGGAGGAUAAGCCCCUGUGGUGGACGGCGUUCGAUGGCGAUCAUACGCCGAUUCCGACGGAUGGCGGGACGACGAAUAAGGAUACGACGUUUACGACCGGGCAGAUUUGGGAGUUCUUCUCGCAGUUCAGUUGA